GCGGGGCUCUCACCCUUCCAGCCCAACUGACGCCCCUUCCCUGCCUGGACACCAGAUCUGGCUCGUUAACGUGUCUGGAAUGAGCGUGAAGCACCUCUCAGCUGGCAGGCGCAAGAGGCAUACUUGGAUUCCCAGGUUGGAAGAUUAUCUCAUUCAAGCACCGUUCUCCCAAAGAUAUAUAAAUGCAGUGAGCGUGGAGGUCCCYGCAGAGCUGGCCUGAGCCCUGGGAGCUUUCAGCCAUACAGGAGCACAGCCCUCCAACGCCAGCAAACAUGACCAUGAUGAUGAAAGUAGAAGAGCUGGUUACUGGGAAGAAGGUGGAUGAUAAAGAGAUGGGCAGCUUCCUCCCUGAGGACUUCAAGAAUGGAGAGUAUGAAGCUGCUGUAAGGUUAGAGAAGCAGGAGGACCUAAAGACGAUCCCGGUGCACUCAUUGACCCGAGGUGAUCUGGCUUAUGAGAAGGAGAAAAAACUAGAAGCAGAGCUGAAGAAGAAGAAACUAGAGGCCAGAUCAAAACUUGAAAACUUGGAGGAUCUUGAAAGAAUUAUUCAGCUGAAGAAGAAGAAAAAAUGCAAGAUAGUGAAAGUGCCUGUUUUAAAGAAACCUGAACCAGAAGUCAUUACAGGACCUGUGGAUAUUCCCACAUUCUUCAAAGCUGCACUGGAGAAUAAGUUGCCAGUAAUUGAAAAAUACCUCUCAGACAAAGGGGAUCCAAAUGUCUGUGAUAAGUACAAACGCACUGCACUGCACAGGGCAUGCUCUGAAGGACAUCUAGAGGUGGUGAAAAAGUUGGUGGAAGCUGGAGCCCAGCUAGAACAGAAAGACAUGCUUCAUUCUACUGCUCUGCACUGGGCAUGUCGGGGAGGGAACCUGGACGUUCUGAAAUUCUUACUGGACAAAGGGAUAAACAUAAAUGCAAGAGACAAGCUGCUCAGCACCCCGUUGCACGUGGCUGUGCGAACAGGGCGGUACGACUGCGGGGAGCACCUCAUUGCCUGCGAAGCAGAUCUGAACGCCAGGGACAGGGAAGGCGACACACCAAUGCACGACGCCGUGAGGCUGAACCGCUACAAAAUCAUCAGGCUUCUGAUUCUGCACGGAGCAGAUCUGACGCUGAAGAACUGCGAAGGGAAAACCCCAAUGGAUCUUGUUCUUCAGUGGCAGAAUGGCACCAAAGAGAUAUUCAACAGCCUGAAAAACAACUCCAAAAAGAGUGUCCAUCUAGGUAAAUUCUGAAGAAAGAAACCAGACCAGUCUUUUUGCURCUUUGAAACGCUUCCCACGAACUGGAAUGAAAACGUCCUUGAACAUUUAUCAUAAAUAUUUAUGACACUGGAUUAUUUGAGGUGCCUUCACUGAAACCUGCAAAAAAACCUGCAAAGARAUAAUUUUAAAAACCAAGUUGAGUGUUAAGAUUCCACUAGCUCUAAAAUAGCUUAAUUUAUUUCUAUUUAUUUAUUUAUUUAAAAGUAAUUUUUAAUGAUUCUCAAUAUUAUUUAAGCUUUUUUUWAAAAGAUGCAAUUGCUCUAAAUGCAGUCUUUGCAAGCAACAUAAAUCCUUUAGUCUUAAAUGGCAUUAUUUUCAAUAUAUUAGCAACUUUCCUCAAGCCUUCCAAUAGCUCUAAAUAGCCAAUACUUGCAGCUGUUGCCUGGUCUAUUACCAUAACCUGUGAAUGGAGUGGAGGUAUGUGGAAGAGCAAUGGAAGAAGGUGUAUGAGAUGCCAAGUGGAUUUAAUGAAGUAGUUGAAUAAUGGUGUUUACACAGGGUUUGGCAAUCGUGGUUGAGCUCGAGGACAGAGCUCCAACCACCACAUACUCGUUUGGACUGAAGGAUUCAGAUAUAAUGUUGUGAAGGUGAGAGGAGACAGCAUCAGGGAAGGGAACUUUUUUUAAACUAGACUACUACAAAGUAUGAUAAUAGAAGAAUGCAAAAUCAGAUGAUGUAUAUUUGUAAAUUUGUACUGCUUUUUCUGUACAUUUUGAAAUGAUCCAUUUCAGAUUAAAUAA